AUUCAUUAUGUAUCAACAUAAAAAAAUACUUCUUGCAUUUCUUUCUUUCUUCUUCUUUUCUCACUUUCUUAAUAAUGACAUCUCAAGAAUCAUUGAAUGCAGCAUCAACAUCAUUUAUGGAUGGUCAAUCUGGAACAACAAAUAGCGUUGUACUAAAAAUGGGUAUCGUUGGUGAUACACAAAUAGGCAAGACCAGCUUGAUGAUUAAAUACGCAGAAGGAGCAUACGAUCCAGAGUAUAUACAGACAUUAGGUGUAAAUUUUAUGGAAAAAACAAUAUCCAUUCGACAAACAGAGAUUACGUUUAGUAUAUGGGAUUUAGGAGGCCAGAAACAAUUCGCUAGCAUGUUACCUCUUGUAUGUAAUGACGCCGUAGCAAUACUUUUCACAUUUGAUCUAUCGAGACUAUCGACCCUCAACAGCCUUCGAGAUUGGUAUCGACAAGUGAGAGGAAUCACGAUGAGUGCAGUGCCACUGUUGGUGGGUACAAAGUAUGAUGAAUUUGUCAAUUUACCAUUUGAAAAACAAGAAGAAAUAACAAGACAAGCACGAAAGUAUUCUCGAGUGAUGAAGGCCCCGCUUAUUUUCUGCUCAACAGCAGAAUCUAUCAAUGUACAAAAGAUUUACAAGAUUGUCUUGGCUAAAGUAUUUGACUUGAAUUGUACUCUUCCUGAGAUAACGGAAAUCGGUGGUCCUAUUCUUGAAUAUAGACACUGUUAAAUAAAGUAUUUAUUGAAUUCUAG